GGCACUUGCAGGUUCUGUGCCUCUCACCCAGGACGGUCUGCCUGCUCUCUGUGCAGGGCAGCCCCGCAGACCCACAAUUGUUGCAGUUCCCAGCCCCACAACCUCGUCCUGAAGCACCUGGCUCCCUAGUGCCGCCAUGUCCAGGCCAACCCGCGCUGUCGAGCUGGUUCGCCUGGUGCCCAAGAAGCCACGCCGUCAUCUGCAUGCCUCCCUUUCCUGCUCAGCCGUCGUGGAAGAGUUGCCCAAUGUCCCCAGCUACCACAGCUCUGCUCCUCCCUCCCACAUCCCUGUCCUCGUCCCUAGGAAAGCGAAGGCUGGCCUGAGCAACCCCGGUUUUCGGAAGGAAGAAGCUUCCUGCUUGGCCGUUGGGGGACAACCAACAGGCAAAUACCCUACGGUGAAGUUUCCAAAGGUGGAUUCUGGCUCUUCCAGGCUGCCAAUACCGGCCUCCCAAGCUCGACCAUCUGCCCCAAAGAGCUUGCACACCCUCGCUGUGCCACCUACGCCAAAGGCUCCCAAAAGGAGGAAAUCCUCUUCCCAAGAAGUAAAUGUGGAGGAGCUGAGACUGUCCCCAGUCAAUGCCUGGCCAGACCAGUCCAGUCCACAGGAAGAACCCAGCAGCUCACCCAGACGGGGCAGCUCAGCCGCCAGCCAGAGUAGCGCCAUCAUCAACGAUCGGCUGCAGGAGCUGGUGCGGCUCUUCAAGGACCGAACUGAGAAAGUCAAGGAGAAGCUGACGGACCCCGACGCCUCCUCCGAGGAUGAGACCCCUGCAGCCUCUCCUUCCAAAGAGAAAAUCUCAGAGGAGAAAGACAAAAAAGCCGAGGAAGAUGGAGAGGGGCGUUUCCACGAAAUUCUUUGCUGCAGGUUUAAGUAUCACCCCUUCCUCUGCCACAUGAGGAGAGUCCAGUUCCCCAGCAGUAUUGACCCUUCCUCCAAUCUGAUGUACGUGUUGUGGCUCUUACUUGUGGUCCUGGCAUGGAACUGGAACUGCUGGCUGAUUCCGGUCCGUUGGGCUUUCCCAUAUCAAUCACCUGAGAACGUCUAUUACUGGAUGGCUAUUGACUACCUCUGUGAUUUCAUCUACUUCCUGGACAUCGCCGUCUUUCAGGUCCGCCUGCAGUUUGUCCAUCAAGGAGAUAUUAUUACUGAUAAGAGAGCCAUGAGGAAGAAUUACCUGAAGUCCCAUCGUUUUAAGAUGGAUGCCCUCUGCCUUCUCCCCCUGGAUUUCUUCUACUUCAAGGUUGGCGUGCAUCCUCUCCUGCGCUUGCCUCGCUGCCUAAAGUACCUGGCCUUCUUUGAGUUUAACAACCGCCUGGAAGCUAUUUUGAGCAAGGCCUAUGUUUACAGAGUCGUAAGGAUUACGGCCUACCUGCUCUUCAGCCUGCACCUGAACUCCUGCUUGUACUACUGGGCCUCCUCCUUCCAGGGGAUCGGCUCCACUGCCUGGGUCUACGACGGCAGAGGAAACAGUUACAUCCGCUGUUAUUACUGGGCUGUCAAGACGCUCAUCACCAUCGGGGGGCUGCCGGAGCCCCACAACCUCUUUGAGAUCGUUUUUCAGCUUCUCAAUUACUUCACAGGUGUCUUUGCUUUCUCAGUGAUGAUCGGCCAGACGAAUCCGAGCUGCUCCUGCAGCUGCCCGAAAAGAUGAAGCUGGACAUCGCCAUCGACGUGAACUACAGCAUUGUGAGCAAAGUGCCACUCUUCCAGGGCUGUGAUCGGCAAAUGAUUUUUGACAUGCUGAAGAGGCUGCGAUCCGUGGUGUACUUACCUAACGACUACGUGUGCAAAAAGGGAGAGAUCGGCCGGGAGAUGUACAUCAUUCAGGUUGGACAAGUCCAAGUACUUGGGGGACCGGAUGGGAAAACUAUUCUUGUGACCCUGAAAGCCGGCUCUGUGUUUGGAGAAAUAAGUUUACUAGCUGUGGGAGGUGGAAAUCGCCGUACCGCUAAUGUUGUGGCACAUGGAUUUACUAACCUUUUCAUUCUGGAUAAGAAGGAUUUGAAUGAAAUUCUGGUGCACUAUCCAGAGUCCCAAAAGCUGCUGCGGAAGAAAGCUAGGCGAAUGCUGAGGAACAACACCAGGCCCAAAGAAGAGAAGGUCCUCAUAAUCCCUCCCAGGGUUGGGACCCCCAAACUCUUCCAAGCCGCCCUGGUGGCUGCAGGCAGAAUGGGGGGCAAAGGCAGACUGGCUCACCUCCGCUGGAAACUGAAGGAGCUGAAGGCAAUCCAGGCUGCCACUUCCACACCAGUUGUCUCCAAGUCAGCAGCUAGCCAUGCUUCACCAGCUGGUUCCCCCAAGCCCAACAACUGCGGAACAGAGACGAAGACCUCCAGGAGUCCCGAUCAUCCUGUUCGGGUUUCCAUGAGUCCCACCCCUGCUGGGGAUGAAGAGGUUCUCUUGGUGGAAGUCUUAGAAAAAGGGGAACCUAAGUAGAAGAACCAGAUGAGCCUCCUUAUCUGUGCAAGUCCUUGCUAGUCGCAUUUGCACGGAUUGGGCAGCCAUUCAAAAUAAGCUCUAAUGUUGUGCUAUUAAGUCGGCUGAGAGAAAGACCCCCUAUGCUUUUUUACACUUUAUUUAGAGAACAGGUUUGGCGUCAUGGCUGAGGCAUCAGGCUAGAAACCAGGGGACUCUGAGUUCUAGUCUCCCUUAGGUAAUGGUAAACAACUCCUGAAAAACCUUGCCAAGAAAACUGCACGGACUUGUCCAGAUAGUCCAUGAGAAUUGGGACGCGACUGAACGAAGGGGGAAAAAAACUUUACACAACGAGCUAUUUAACUGCAUCUUUAGAAGAAUUUCAGCAAAAAUCCAAGAGAAAUUAGAGCAAGUGAAAUCUCUAUUAAGAAAUGUUGGCUUUAUGCAGGUUCCAAAUG